GGAAGUAUUUGCAAGCAGAUAAAUUAAUCAUGGCUCUCUCUCAGUUUGUGAAGUUCAAUCAGCUUGACUUUGCAGAGCAAAAGGCAACUUCAUCUUCAGCCGAUCGAUCUUCUCUUCAGGAAAGUGCUAUUGAGAUUGUACCGGAAAAUGGCCGGAUUGUUGUGCAAGGACAGUCGGCUAAAGCUAAGAGCGGCGCUGCUGCAUCUUACAUCCUGUCCUCAAAAACGCCCAUGAAUCGAGAAAACUUUAAAGGAAAUUCAUCUUCCCCGAGGACUGGUCGAAUUUUCUUGAUGGAUUCAACUUUGGAUGAAAUAGGACGGUUAGAUUACUCGCUAAAUGAUAGCCUGCAGCAAGAUCUUAGUUCUGUAUUAGUGCCUGAAGUAACUGGUCUCGCCGCAAAUGAACUGCCCGCACAGAACAAUAGGACAUGUGGUUCUAACCAGAUGGCUCAGAGAAGUGUAUCAAAAGUUGAUUCAUGGUCAUAUGCUAAAGCGUACCGUCCAGUAGUGCGACCCCUAGUAUCAGGAAAUUCAGAUAUCAUGGUCAGUCAUGCCAGUAACAACAUAGAUUCUGUUUUGCUAGAUUCACUUCCUGGUGAAGCUUCUGCUGGUAUUAGAAUGCAAAAUCCAGAGAGGAGUGACCCCAGUUUGUUAAACUUCUCUCAUUUCACAAGGCCGGUCAAGUCAAGGGAAAAUAAAGAGAAAGUGAUGAAUGUGAAUUGGAUUUGUCUAGCAAACGUUGCAGCUGCUGAAACGUGUAGUACCUCAAAAAAGGAAACAUGCCUCCUAAAUCAGCUUAAAUUACGACAUGCUAAGAUUCAAGCUACAGCUAAGACUCACAAUGACGUGUUCCCCAUUAAAGAGCCCAAUACUUCUUUUAGAGAUGGUGUGAUGAAUAACCACAAUCCCUAUGGAGUCCUAGGACGAGAUAGAGCUAUUGAAGCUGGGGCUGCUUGCUCUUCUAUGUGUUCUGGCAAUAGUCCAAAGAAAAAUUCAAAUGAUCGGUCAAAUCUUUUAAAAAGAAAAUUUCAUGAAGAUAUAGAAGAUGAAUGUACUAGUGUGAAUACAAUGGCUCCUGGUCGAGGAGGUACUGGGCUAAAGAGAAGCAGAGAGCACAAUUUCUCUGACAGGAGGGAAAAGAUAGAUGAAAAGAUGCUAGCGCUACAAGACCUCAUACCCAACUGCAAUAAGAUGGAUAAAGCUUCAAUGCUUGAUGAAGCUAUUGAGUAUCUGAAGACACUUCAACUUCAAUUGCAGAUCAUGUCAAUGGGAACAGGUUUUUGCAUGCCUCAAAUGAUGUAUCCAGUGGGCAUGCCUGCUUCUCAGAUGCAACAUUUUCCCUUGUUUGGCUUAGGAAUGGGAAUGACGAUGGGUUUUGGCAUGCGUAUGCAAUCCAUGAAUGGUGUAUCCCCUGUAUGUCCAUUUCCAAUACCGCAUAUGCAACAAGCACAAAUGUCUCCCUCACCAUUUUCUGGGCCUGGUGAUUGUCCAAGUUUUGGUCAUCCACCUUCUUCUAGUCCUACUACCUUUCCACCAAUAGUUGCAUCUAAUUUUCCAACUUUCGGGCAUCCUGGUCUUUGUCCUCGAAUACCAACCACAGAAGCACCUACCAUUCCUCCACCUGCAACAAAUUCAGUUGUGGGUAUGAGUGCCUCAAAGAUGGAAACUCGUGUAGAAGUACCAUGUGCAUCAAUUACAAAGAUGCAGUGAAGACCAAAAACUUGCAACUAAUGUAUACUACUGAUCACAACCAAUCAGUAAAUAAUACUUCAACUCAGCUUGUGUAAUUCCCUGACUAUAAGGAUAGCUUGGGCAUUAGAUAUUGCAACACCUUUUGAGGCUUCAACCUGAGAUGUAACAUACGGAGUAUGAAAUCUGUUUCAUCCUGCAUUGGCGCAAAAAGGUGAGCAACUAGCUCAUGAUAGAGACAACAACCUAGCCAUUAACUCGAUGAACUCAAUUGAUGUGCCAGGAAACAAAGCUGGUUUUGAUUCCAAGAAGUCUCCACCACAUGAUUUUAUACGAGAAAGGCACUGAUUUUGGUACUGCGAAAGAUAUCCUUGUGAAUUGAGACUUCAUAGUAUUUACUACUCCAUAUUAGUAAAUACGUGCACAUAUUUGUUAUCUUAAACAAGAGGACUGUGUUGAUUUAUUUUAUGUAUAUUUGCAAUAACUGGGGCAGUUGGAAGGUCCUUUUAGAGUAUCCUCCUAAACUUCCCUAAAAAAAGAGUAUCCUCCUAAACUUCCCUAAAAAAGAGUAUCCUCCUAAACUCUAGUGUAUUCAUGUCAUCAGAUUUAUUGUAUUAAUAAUGAAUAAACAUGUAUACAUAUGUGUCUUUUCCGAGGGUGGACCA